CUGAUAGCUGUCAAUUUAACCAAAACAAAUAAUAAAUUUUUGGAUAAAAAAACGAAAAAUGAGUGCAUUAACUACGUUUGCGGCUAUUUUAGUAGAAAAUGAGAGACUUGCAGAAGAAACCCUUAAUAGAAGGAUUCUGCGCGAUCAUUCCAAUCCUUUAGAUGUCUCUGAAUUGGUGUUCGUAUCCAGCUACCGGGUCAACAAAAGUGCAUUUAACAUGUUAUUGGACGUUGUUGUUCUGCAUUUAAAAGAAACAUCCAUUCCGGCGCAACUGCAAUUGGCGGCCACACUAAAGUUUUUGGAGGAAGGUGGCUUCCAAAAGGCUGUGGGAAAAGAUAGUUAUAUUGCAAUGGGUCGUAGUACGGUUGCAAAA